AUGGAGCUGGAGGACCUGCGACCUGCCUAUAAAGAUGCGGUCGACGAGCGCAUCUCCAUUCAAAGUCGCUUGGAGGAGGUAACUGGCAAGCUCAGCAAGGCCGAGGACAUCGCCAGGGGGACUUCGCAACAGCUCUCGGCCGUCCAAGCCGAGAACCGGGAGCUGCAGAAGCAGGUCAAGCAGCUGCAGGCGGUCAGGCGUGCGGCCCGGGUGGCUCGGCAGCGGUCGCCCAUCACAUGGCCUGCAUUCGAUGAUGCCCUCCCCGGCGAGGUGGCUGAGCGCGACGGACAUCGCAAGGCUGAUGCCGGCAUCGGUGAUGAUGCGGAGGACAUUUGUGAAAGUCGGAAGGCAUGUGAGCUGGGCAUUGCCACAACCGGACUGCGAAGCCAGCGUCAAAAGCAGGCCACCACGUUUGUCGAAGCUGCAGGAGUUUCUGGCGAUCAGUCCCGAGCGAGUAUUGACAUUGGCCCCUUGUGUUGCACGGCAGGCUGA